AUGGGAUCUAGAUGGGACCUAGAUGGGACUUAUGUUAGAUGGACCGAUCGACCCGCCAGCGACCUGCCAGUAACCUGCCAGCGACUUGCCAGCGACCUGCCAGCGACCUGCCAGCAACCUGCCAGCGACCUGCCAGCGACUCGCCAGCGACCUGCCAGCGACCUGCCAGCGACCUGCCAGCGACCCGCCAGCAACUCGCCAGCGACCCGCCAGCGACCCGCCAGCAACCCGCCAGCGACAUGCCAGCGACCUGCCAGCAACUCGCAAGCGACCUGCCAGCGACCUGCCAGCAACUCGCAAGCGACCUGCCAGCGACCUGCCAGCGACCCGCCAGCGACCCGCCAGCAACUCGCUAGCGACCUGGAAGCAACCCGCCAGCAACUCGCCAGCGACCCGCCAGCGACCCGCCAGCAACCCGCCAGCGACCUGCCAGCGACCUGCCAGCAACUCGCAAGCGACCUGCCAGCGACCUGCCAGCAACUCGCCAGCGACCUGCCAGCAACCCGCCAGCGACCUGCCAGCAACCUGCCACCAACUCGCCAGCAACCUGCCAGCAACUCGCCAGCGCCCUGCCAGCAACUCGCCAGCGACCUGCCAGCGACCUGCCAGCAACUCGCCAGCGACCCGCCAGCGACCUGCCAGCGACCUGCCAGCGACCUGCCAGCAACUCGCCAGCAACCUGCCAGCAACCUGCCUGCGAAUCGCCAUCGACCUGCCAGCGACUUGCCAGCAACCUGCCAGCGACCCGCCAGCAACUCGCCAGCGACCCGCCAGCGACCCGCCAGCAACCCGCCAGCGACAUGCCAGCGACCUGCCAGCAACUCGCAAGCGACCUGCCAGCGACCUGCCAGCAACUCGCCAGCGACCUGCCAGCGACCUGCCAGCGACCCGCCAGCGACCCGCCAGCAACUCGCUAGCGACCUGGAAGCAACCCGCCAGCAACUCGCCAGCGACCCGCCAGCGACCCGCCAGCAACCCGCCAGCAACCUGCCAGCGACCUGCCAGCAACUCGCAAGCGACCUGCCAGCGACCUGCCAGCAACUCGCCAGCGACCUGCCAGCAACCCGCCAGCGACCUGCCAGCAACCUGCCACCAACUCGCCAGCAACCUGCCAGCAACUCGCCAGCGCCCUGCCAGCAACUCGCCAGCGACCUGCCAGCGACCUGCCAGCAACUCGCCAGCGACCCGCCAGCGACCUGCCAGCGACCUGCCAGCGACCUGCCAGCAACUCGCCAGCAACCUGCCAGCAACCUGCCUGCGAAUCGCCAUCGACCUGCCAGCGACUUGCCAGCAACCUGCCAGCGACCUGCCAGCAACUCGCCAGUGACCAGCCAGCAACUCGCCAGCGACCUGGAAGCAACCUGCCAGCGACUUACCAGCGACCUGCCAGCAACUCGCCAGGGACCUGCCAGCGACCUGCCAGCGACGUGCCAGCAACUCGCCAGCGACGUGCCAGCAACUCGCCAGCGACCUGCCAGCAACUCGCCAGCGACCUGCCAGCAACCUACCAGCGACUUGCCAGCGACCUGCCAGCGACCUGCCAGCAACUCGCCAGCGACCUGCCAGCGACCUGCCAGCGACCCGCCAGCGACCCGCCAGCAACUCGCUAGCGACCUGGAAGCAACCCGCCAGCAACUCGCCAGCGACCCGCCAGCGACCCGCCAGCAACCCGCCAGCGACCUGCCAGCGACCUGCCAGCAACUCGCAAGCGACCUGCCAGCGACCUGCCAGCAACUCGCCAGCGACCUGCCAGCAACCCGCCAGCGACCUGCCAGCAACCUGCCACCAACUCGCCAGCAACCUGCCAGCAACUCGCCAGCGCCCUGCCAGCAACUCGCCAGCGACCUGCCAGCGACCUGCCAGCAACUCGCCAGCGACCCGCCAGCGACCUGCCAGCGACCUGCCAGCGACCUGCCAGCAACUCGCCAGCAACCUGCCAGCAACCUGCCUGCGAAUCGCCAUCGACCUGCCAGCGACUUGCCAGCAACCUGCCAGCGACCUGCCAGCAACUCGCCAGCGACCAGCCAGCAACUCGCCAGCGACCUGGAAGCAACCUGCCAGCGACUUACCAGCGACCUGCCAGCAACUCGCCAGGGACCUGCCAGGGACCUGCCAGCGACGUGCCAGCAACUCGCCAGCGACGUGCCAGCAACUCGCCAGCGACCUGCCAGCAACUCGCCAGCGACCUGCCAGCAACCUACCAGCGACUUGCCAGCGACCUGCCAGCGACCUGCCAGCAACUCGCCAGCGACCUGCCAGCGACCUGCCAGCGACCCGCCAGCGACCCGCCAGCAACUCGCUAGCGACCUGGAAGCAACCCGCCAGCAACUCGCCAGCGACCCGCCAGCGACCCGCCAGCAACCCGCCAGCGACCUGCCAGCGACCUGCCAGCAACUCGCAAGCGACCUGCCAGCGACCUGCCAGCAACUCGCCAGCGACCUGCCAGCAACCCGCCAGCGACCUGCCAGCAACCUGCCACCAACUCGCCAGCAACCUGCCAGCAACUCGCCAGCGACCUGCCAGCAACUCGCCAGCGACCUGCCACGACCUGCCAGCAACCUGCCAGCGACUUGCCAGCAACUCGCCAGCGACCUGCCAGCAACCUGCCAGCGACUCGCCAGCGACUCGCCAGCAACCUGCCAGCAACUCGCCAGCGACCUGGAAGCAACCUGCCAGCGACUUGCCAGCGACCUGCCAGCAACUCACCAGCGACCUGACAGCGACCUGCCAGCAACUCGCCAGCGUCCUGCCAGCAACCUACCAGCGACUCGCCAGCGACCUGCCAGCGACCUGCCAGCGACCUGCCAGCAACUCGCCAGCGACCUGCCAGCAACCUACCAGCGACUUGCCAGCGACCUGCCAGCGACCUGCCAGCAACUCGCCAGCAACCUGCCAGCGACCUGCCAGCAACUUGCCAGUGACCUGCCAGCGACCUGCCAGCGACUCGCCAGCGACCUGCCAGCAACUCGCCAGCGACCUGCCAGCAACUCGCCAGCGACCUGCCAGCAACUCGCCAGUGACCUGCCAGCGACUCGCCAGCAACCAGCCAGCAACCUGCCAGCAACUCACCAGCGACCUGCCAGCAACUUGCCAGUGACCUGCCAGCGACCUGCCAGCGACUCGCCAGCAACCUGCCAGCGACCUGCCAGCAACUCGCCAGCGACCUGCCAGCGACCUGCCAGCGACCCGCCAGCGACCCGCCAGCAACUCGCUAGCGACCUGGAAGCAACCCGCCAGCAACUCGCCAGCGACCCACCAGCGACCCGCCAGCAACCCGCCAGCGACCUGCCAGCGACCUGCCAGCAACUCGCAAGCGACCUGCCAGCGACCCGCCAGCAACUCGCUAGCGACCUGGAAGCAACCCGCCAGCAACUCGCCAGCGACCCACCAGCGACCCGCCAGCAACCCGCCAGCGACCUGCCAGCGACCUGCCAGCAACUCGCCAGCGACCCGCCAGCGACCUGCCAGCGACCUGCCAGCGACCUGCCAGCAACUCGCCAGCAACCUGCCAGCAACCUGCCUGCGACUCGCCAUCGACCUGCCAGCGACUUGCCAGCAACCUGCCAGCGACCUGCCAGCAACUCGCCAGCGACCAGCCAGCAACUCACCAGCGACCUGCCAGCAACUUGCCAGUGA